AAAAGUGUCAUAUAAAAUUAUUUAACCUAAAUGUAUAUAAAAUUAUAAUUAUAAUUAAAAUUUAUGGAUGAAAAUUUCAAACAAGAAUGGAGUUUACUAAAAAUUGUCGCACCAACUAUUACUUUUUUAGGAAUAAUAUUUUAUUUUAUUCCUAUUUCACGUUCAUAUUUUCGAAAAGGAUGUUUGAUUUUUAUUGAUGCAAUAGCAUUUAGUCUCAAAACAAUACUUAAUUCAUUUGAAACGAAUAGUAAAUUUGGAAAUUAUUCCCAUGGCAAUAUUAAAUUACGAGAUGCUUUAAAAAAUAAUAUUCCUAAAGAAAAAUAUAAAAAAUCAAGUCUCAAAACGUCAACUAAAAAUUGUAAGGGUUUUAAACAAGUUAAAGAAAAAAAUAUCGACUGGCCGGAAAUAAAACUUAAUUCUUCUCGUGGGUUUGAAUUUUCUAGAGAAUUUAUCGGUGAUUUAAAAAUUAAUAAACCAAUAAUGAACAAAAAAUAUAAUGAUACUUUGUAUUUGGAAAAUGAUGGGCUGGCUUCAAAUUAUAGUCAAUAUUUUUCACCUGCUAUAGAAGAUGUUAAAAAUUUACAUAAAUUUAAAAAUGAUAAUUUUAAAAAAAAUAAAAAUAAACGAAAGCGAUCAGACGUUUAUCGAUUAACUGAUGAAAAUCUAGCAGAUAAUGAUGAAGAACACGAGGAGGAGGAGGAGGAAGAAGAAGAAGAACGAGAAGAUAUUGAAGAAAGUGACACUGAAAUGAAAUAUAAAUUGCGUAAAAUUCGUAAAAAAAUUAUGUCACUGUCAGUCGAUGGAAAUAAAAAUCAGCGACAACGAAAAGAAUUUCAAGCUCUAAAAUUGAUUGAUGAUUUAUUAAAAAAUAAUAGUAAAAUAAAUGACCGUUUAAAGAAUACUAAGAAAACGGGAUACGAAUCUUUAGUAGUGGAUGGUAAUAAAACGUACGACAAUGCUGAUGGUUCUUGGUCAGGAAGAAAAUCGACAGCGGCAUCGACAAGGAAGGAAUUCUCGGGAGAACGCAGUUCGCACAGUAACCGCCAAGAGAUAUUACACAACGAUUAUUAUGAUUUAUCAGAUGACUCUAAUGAUUUCUUACCACCACCAAUAAUAAAUGAUCGCGUUACUCCGGUAGUGGCUCGCGUUUAUCGUUGGCUUUUUGGUGGUUGUCCAAGUGGUUCCCAUUAAUUAUUAUUAUUAUUAUUAAUAUUUAAUAAAGACCAAUUUUUUUAUUAAAAAAAA